AUGAAACAGCAGAAGAAGAAGAAUUGAACGUUUCCCGGUAGUUGAAGCGCCUUAGGUCCUCCUUUAGAUGACUGACAAUUGCUUUUAGACCCCCCGUGCAAAGUACAAAGAAAACGGAUUUAAAUGCCACUUAACGACUUUAUCCAGUCAGCACAUCAUGUUGCUUCCCCAAAAUUAGCUGUUUACUGGCGAUCAGUGACUUCAAGACUCAUCGCUGGAACCAAAGACUGAGAAAUGGAGGAGGGCUCGGAGGUGAUGGAGAACAUUGUCUUCCGAGGAGCAGAAUUUGCAGUGAAGGUAGAAGUGGAUAAGGGCGUACUGCUGGUGGAAAUAUCUGAUUCAAAAACGGCAGAUCAGUGGAAGGGAGAAUUUGAUCCGGCAUACAUUGAAGAUCUCACACGGAAAACAGGCAACUUCAAACAGUUUCCAAUAUUUUGUAGCAUGUUGGAGUCUGCCGUCAGAAAGACGAGUGAUUCCGUCACACUCGACUUGCUGACCUACGCAGACCUCGAGCUUCUGCGGAACAGGAAAGCGGGAGUAGUCGGUCGCCCUCGAGGCCAUCCGCAGUCGUCCGCCCUCACCGCCAAACGCUACCUUAUUCUCAUCUACACUGUGGAGUUUGACAGGAUACACUACCCGUUGCCGCUGCCGUACGUGGGCAAGCCCGACCCAGCCGCCUUGCAGAAGGAAAUCAGGAGCCUUCGGGCGGAGCUAAGCGCGCUCACCUCUCAGGGCGUCGGCAAGUCUGCGGAGCUUGAAAUCCACCGCUUACGAGCAGAGCUGGCUCUAAUGAAGGAGGAGAAAGAGGCCAUUGCCAAGGUCCUGGAGCGACUGCAGCUCGGCGGAAGCGUUUCGACACCCGGCGGACCUCAAGACUGGCGGGAUCGGGACGUGGUGAGGACCUUGCAGGAACAGCUGCUCAAGGAGAGGGCCAAAAGUCAGCGCUCAGCUAGCAAACGAUGCCAGGAGCAGCGACUCCUGAUGGAGCAGCUGGAUGAGCUGAGGGCCUCGGAGUGCGCCCUCCGCCUGCAUGUCAAGAGUCUGACCAAUGAACUUGCACUCUUACGCCGAAGUAGAGGGACGCCCCUGUCUGCCUGUGGGGGGAUCUAUCGUUCGCACAACCCAGCCAGGGGUCGCUCAGGAUCCAGAGAGCGCAGAGGCGACAGAGCACAAAGGUCAACGGAAAGAGGGAGAAGAUCAGACUCAACGGGGCCGCGCGCCGUCGUACGAAGGCAGUCACCUUCUCCCACCGGGUCCCGAGCACCUCGCUUUGACCCAACCGCUUACAUCCAGGACAAACAGCGCCGGCUAAGAGAAUCUGAACUGAAAAAACAGUUAAAGGUGCGGCGAGACUUAAUGAUAUCGCCAUCAUUGGUCCCCGAACGAGGGCGUUCCCGCUCCAGAGAGGCUUGUCCUCAGUUGAGCCGCGCCGGCAGCCGAGGAAGGAGUUUGUCCAGAGAGCGGCAAGGGAGCAGGAACUCCUCCGAGAGCUCCUUAGUGGAUAUGGAGGAAAUGACCAAAGCGCUGCUCAGAGGAAGGAAACAGACGUUCAAUGGACCCAGUGCGUCCAGAGGAAGCCUGAUAGCCCGGAACCCCUUAAGCAGCACUCCAACAUACAGGAUGAAGGGCAAAGAGAGCUCUAUCGACACAGGCGCAGAACUGUCAGAGAUAGACGCCAGGCUGCAGGCCUUGCAGGAGUACAUGAGAGACUUGGACACAGGACAUUGACAGAUGGUGCAGCUUGCAGCCCAACAAAGCUCAUGUGCUGGACUCAAAAACCGAACAGCGUUUCCAGCUCUGGAUGCCAUUUUGUUUUUGUUUUUUUAUUUCUUCACCAUGGACCAGAAGCUUUCCGAGACUGUUGAUGUUCAUGACCUCAAACGUCUGGAAACAAAAGCAAUCGCCGUGUGUCUCAACUAUUUUUACAUGUGUUUUCAAUAUUUUUUAUGGAUUUAAAAUAUUACUGUGAAUAAAUCUAGCUAUAAUCCCAACAAGUGGAUUUAACUCAA